AUGACUCGACUUGUCUUUCUGAUCGCUCUCGUGUCUUUGGCUGCUGGUAGUCCGAGGCCCAUGCCUCCACAUACCAUAGUGGGCAUAAAUCCAUUCACGCCCCAGGGUCGCAUCGUGGGCGGACGGGAAACCACAAUUGAAGAGCAUCCAUGGCAAGUGUCUCUCCAGGUCUCCGGUUUCCACUUCUGCGGUGGCAGUAUCAUCUCCGACAAUGUCAUCCUUACAGCCGGUCACUGCACAGUUAGCUAUCCAGCUCAGUCCAUAACAGUCAGAGUCGGCAGUUCCAGAACUGCUAAUGGUGGAGCACUUCAUCAAGUCAACGAGAUUGUUCGCCACGAGAACUUUAAAACCAAUAUGUAUGGCAUACCGGAGAACGAUGUUGCUCUGCUUAAGCUCUCGUCAAGCAUUCAAUUAGGCAAAACGAGCAAGUCGAUACCACUGUUCGCUAAAAAUGAGGAAGCUCCCGAAGGUGUGCUGUCUACAAUCUCUGGCUGGGGUGCGCUCAUAGAAGGUGGAUGGGCUCCUGAAGUACUUCAAACGGUUGACGUGCCAAUUGUUACUAAGGCAGAUUGCACCAAGGCUUAUCAAUCUUGGGGUGGAGUCCCCGAGGGACAGAUUUGCGCUGCGUUCCCAGCUGGAGGCAAGGACACUUGCCAGGGCGACUCGGGUGGCCCACUAGUCAUCGCUGGACGACAAGCUGGAAUUGUAUCAUGGGGCAACGGAUGUGCUCGAAAGGGCUACCCCGGAGUUUAUACCGAAGUAGCUUCUUUCCAGGACUGGAUCGUGAAAAAUGCUAAUCUUUGAUCGAUUAGCAGCCUUUUUAAUGUAUCUGGCCUCUAAAAAUAAUCUGAAAUAUAUCCAAAGAACCAAAAAUAAAAUGUCAAAGAAAUAAUUCAUCUCUUUAUGAUAUAAAAAACACACCUAUCCU